UUUUAGUGUGGCAGAUCUCAAGAGAAAAAUUUUCGAAAAAUGCCAUAUUCCCAUAGAACGACAAGUACUUUUGAUAAGUGGUGGAGAGCCUUUAGAUUCAAGUAAGAAUCUAUGCUCAUAUAUGGCUGGCACUGAUACCAAUCCUAUUUACUUGUUCUCAACAAAUUUUGACGUGUCACAACUAGAUAGUGGAAAAUAUCUUCAGUUAGAUGAUGAAGAAUUAAGAAAGCGGCUGAUAGAUGCCCGAUGCUUGCCGAUUUCUGUUAACACGGUGAAAACACGCACCUUGGUAUCUCAAGAUUUCGCGUCUGCAGCCAAGGAUCAAUUGGAGUUUUGCGAAAACUUGGUUCAUGAGCAACAUUUACAACAACAGGGGUGGUUUGCUGUUAUAGCUAAUCUAGAAGACAUUGGAAUGGAGUUUCGGAAACGAUGGGAGUUAUUCCAAAGAAUGUACCGAGAAUUUAGAGCGGACCGUGCUACCUACGAUGACUUUCUCGUAAGCUUUGAAGCUGACAAGAGAAUUCUCCAAAAAAUACCAGUAGUUGCGACGUUACUGGAAUCGGGAAACAACACAAUGGAAGAGUCAAAGUCUGAAAUAGCUAGUAAUGUAUCAGAAUCAGAAUCCGACAAGGAAAUUACUUUAUAUGACUGGAUAUCAUCUGACAAUAAAAAUUCGCUGGACGAAUUAUACGAACUUUGCAAAUCCAGUCUGAGCAAGUUCGAACAGGAAAUUAUGCCUUCUUUAACAAAAAAUAUUGAUGAGGCUUUGCUUAAUGCUGAGACAACAGAAAGGAAAGAAAUCGAAGGACUGGAGAAGCGACUGUGCGAUUUGGAUGAUCUGGUCAGAAAAGUAAAGGCUUACGUUGAAUGUCAGACUACGAUGGCGCAAAGUUUUUUACAACAUAAACAGAGUGUUACUAAUAUUAAGGACAAUUCAAUACUUCCUGAGUUGUCUGUUAGUCAUAUGCAUCAAUUGACUUUAAUACUAGAAACUCACGAGAAACUAAUGGAAGAUAGAAAUCGCAUAAUCAAAGCUAAAUUUGAAUUGAGUAAAAGCUUAUGCUUCAGAAUUGGUUGGGUUCAACAAGUAGAGGGAAAAUUGUGGGAGUUGGAUAAUCUAUUAGUAUAUUUUCAUGAGCAUUUACAAAGAUUACGAAAACAUUUAGAAGUGUUUCAGCAGCUUCAUAUUGCUCCAAUAAUCUAUAUGAAUGCAUUAGUUGAAGUGGUCAGACGACGAUUAUUUUCACAAUUGUUCUUGCUGUGGGCAUCUGAUCUUGCCUGUCAACAACUUACGAUUUAUAAUGAAGAAGUUACGAGAAGAAAGGAUUUUAAUGCCUUAUUUGAUGGACAUUUUCUUUCUGCGCUUUUCCCUGGAAUGAGUGAUAUCCCGCCUACUUUUGCUACAGAGGCACCCACUAUGUUCGACGCUCAGCUACCCAACGUUAGCGCUGAAGAUAUUGAGAAACUUCGGAAGCAAGUUCCCGAUUUUAUAGAGAAUUUGAUUGUUCCUGACAUGAGUCACGUUGCAAAUUUUUUUACUGGAAAAGUUUCUGGGAAAGAGAAGGUAGAUGAUAUUUUUCGGGGCAUUGAAGAUAAAUUAAUCCAAGCAGUAUCUGAUGUGGGACUUGCUAGCCAAUUAGAUCAGAAUAUGUUGAAAACAAGCAGCGAAUCUUGUUUAGUUUCCGCUCCUGGGGUAUCGGUUCCUAAAGAUGACAAGGGCUGUGAGUCCGAAACGGACACAGAAGAAUUUGAAAAAGUGGGUCAAAGUCCUAUGGAACUUGGUUUUCCUCAAGGUGAAUUCACUGGGACUGAAUCCAAAGUUACUGAAAAAAUCGACGUUUCAACUAUCACAGAGGAAAAUCUUCAAAUUUCAAGAUUAGAACAUGAAAAGCUCAAGAACAUUGUGGUUAACUUGAGCGGAAUUGCAAAACUGGCAACGGCAAAUUUGCGCACAGACCUUAACACUUUUAAGGUACAGUUUGAAACUGAGUCACGGUCUUUAUCUCAGCAGUAUGGAGAUUUGGGUAGUUCUUGGGAGACGCUGCUGAUAGAGGUUGAUAAAAAUGAACAAGAAAUCGUAAGAUGCAUGAGGCAGGAAUGCUCUGAACAAAAAGACCAGUACCAGUACAAUUUAAUGGAAAAAGAAGAACUGAUUAAAAGAUUAGAUCGCGACAAUAGAAAACUGGAAAACGAUUUAAAGCUAACCAGUGUUAAAGUAAAGUCAUUAGAGGCACUAUUGGAUAAACAAAAUACGGAGACAGCAUCGAAAAUCGAGACACUUACUAAGCAGUUACAACAAAAAGAAUUGGACCAUCGUACUGAGUUAGAUAAUAUUAAGUCUAGGUUCAAGAUGAUUACUAUGGAGAAAAGUCCUUCAUUAACAUCUUUAGAGAAGGAGAGAAGCUCCGAUUUUGCAUUAGAUUCGACAUUAUUUUUACAAAUGACUGAAAAUUUCGAGUUAGAUAAAGCCCAGGCUGUUGCUGAAGAAAGAGCGCGCUGGGAACUUAUUUUAGAAGAUAAAGUGCAGGAAAGGUGUAAAGUAUUGUCCCGAGAGAUUACACGACGUAUAAGUCAUGAUAAAGAUUUACAAAUUGAUGCGCUAACACGACGAGAAACCGAUCUCAACCUAAAGAUUAUAAAAUACCAAACAAUAAUUGAUCAACUAACUGAUCGUGAAAGUAACUCUGAAACCGGUUUGGGUCAAGAAUUUGAAAAAAGUGAAGGUCGCAUUGAAGGCGCGUUGUCAAGAGCUGAUAUUGAUCAUGGAGCAAUGACAUUUUCAACAUUUGUGGAUAACGAAAAGAAACUGGAAAGUACAUUCGCUGGUCUUACUAAAAGCGAAAUUGGUACUGGUCAAGCUGAUGAUUUGAAUUUUAACGGUUUUAAGAUUGGAGCGCUUGUCUUAGUAUGCUGGGACGAAGUGUAUAAGAACUAUACAAUUUAUCAGCAUUCAAAACAGUUGUAUUUUUUACAUUUUGAUUCAUUAGCAAAUCUUGGAUUGAAUAUAGUUAAAGGUCAACCAAACAAGACACGUUGCAUUGGCCAGGUUAUUGAUAAAGAGUUAUGUGAAACUUUGAAGGAGACAAACCGCUUAAACAUUCCUAAAGGGACCAAGUUUUUUUUGGUUAAAGUAAAACCGGUCAAUGCCAUACCUGAAAAAGCGAAUUACCCUUCGCUCGAAAAAGGUGCAGAAUGCUCAGAGACUGCAACCGGUUGCAAUCAAACAGUUUCAUUAGGCCUAGAUGCAACAUGUAAACUGCCUGAUGAAGUGAUUUUAAGUGAUAUCGAAAAGCAAUUGGAACAGGAUAGUGCAAUUGUGGAUAGAAUUGAGCAGGCUUCUAUUACAAUAAAUGACAGUGAGCGGUCGGAUGUCGAUAGUACUUUGGGGCAACCGCACUUUUCAGAACUUGGAGCUUCGCAGCCUCCAUUUGAAAGACGCAGUAAUUCUGAAUCUGAGGAAAUCGAGUUGCUAAAAAGAGACAAUCAGCAGCUCAAAGAUCAGCUCGCUAGUUUCACUGGCGAGAAAAGUGCGUUGAUGACAACAUCUGUGGCUGUGUAUGAAGGAAAAAUGGAUGCAGCUACAAGCCCCUUAGAAGCUUUUCCAGCAAUACCAGAUAUGAGCAGAAGUGAAACAUCAACUCGUCCACAUCGGUUAAGUAUUGAUAGUUGCAAAAUAGGAGAUGUCGUAUUAUUGCUGUGGGAUCCAGUACAUGAAAACUUUAAAAUAUUGCAGGAGUCUAAACAUACAUAUUUUCCCCAUUCAGAUUGUUUAGAAAAGCUUGGGUUAUUAGUCACGGAAGGUAAACCAAAUAAAUUGUACUGCCUGGGAGAAGUAGUAGAUAGGGAAUAUUGCCAAACAAGAAAGAGUGAGAAUCGUUACAAAGUUCCAAAAGGAGCUAAAUUCUUCCGAGUUAAGUUGAAACCGAUAUCUGCUGCUCAUCGUGAGGCUGCGGAUCUAUCUCAAUCCGUUUAUUUACCGAAACAAGCUUCUGCAAUGUCAACCAGUCAUUCAGUAGCAACAACAUUCGGACCACUUGUAGAAGAAACACAAUGCCAAUUCAAUUUCGCUGAAAUGUCAGUUAUGACGUUUGGGUCCAUUGACAAUGUGGGAGAUCGUCCAUGCCCAUCAGAAACUGUCGAAAUACCGUCAAGUGAUGACCGUGGCUUGUCUGAAUUGCCGGCAGAAAAUCCUACUGCUGACACGAAUGAAAAGCCUUUCGCCGAGGACAGCGGAAUUCAAGAGGUUUUUCCUGGACUAGGAGACAUUGAUGGGUUUGAGGAUGAUUCGUGUAAUGAAGUGAUUGAACAAGCAACUUAUAGCACAAACUGGUUUGAAGCAAUGUUUCGAAGCAUGUUUAGCAAAUGAGUUCGUACAAAAAAUCGUUCAGACCGAAACUUUAAUCAAUUCAUAAGACAUACAGUGAGGUAGAGAAUAAUAACAGCAUUGGUUUUUGUCCUCCGCUUUAAUAGCCUUUGUGUAAUUUAAGGUCGUGAGAUAAUUGUUUUCCAAUAAAAUGAAAGAAAUAUUCUCUUCUAAUUUUAAUAAUUUUUUAGAUAAUUACUAUUGCGGCUCUAUUUUACUGCAUUAAUUUUUUAAAUUUAUGUGUAGAAUUAUGAAUUUUAAUUAUGAUUAAUUGUCUUGACUGAAAUCAGAUUUAUGUAUGCUUGAAAGGACAGAAAAGGGCUAAAAUUAAGAAAUAUUUUCAUUUCGUUGGCGUUCUUGUAAUAUACUUUAUUGUUCAUGUUUGAUAUUAAAUCAACCAUACAAUAAUAAUGCACAAAUAUUUACCUAUUAUUUUUUUCAUGUAAUUGUUAUUGAUAAUUUCUGCGGUGUUUCAAUUGUUGUCAGCAGUAAAAUAUAGGAGUACAGGAAACAAUAAUUGUUAUUAAAAAUUGUUAUAUUAAAAAAAAUCAGAAAUUCAGUAGUGGGCCAAUUUAUAUUUUAAGAUUGUAAACUUAUUUAAUUUAGUAUACUCAAUGACUGUUCUCAAUAGUUUAUGUAAAUAAUUUGAGUAUUCUUAUCUUAGAGCCUUAGGAUUAAAUAUGCAAUAAUUUAUUAAUUUAAACUGUGUAGGCUUUCACGGACGGUUAAAUUGGAAGUUGAAUUUAUUAGAUUGUUUCUGCUAUGUGAAAGUGCUAAGAAAAUCUGACGCGGAAUAUUGAUUGAAUUUAAUGAGUCCGUUAAGCAGAUCAUAAGCAGCUUUGCCACUAAGUCUGUAAAUAUUGCAAUAUUAAAUAUACUUUUUGCCUUAAAAGGUCAAAAUAAUGCACUGUAAUGAUUAUUGGUUUGCGAUAAACAAUACUUAAACUGAAUCAAAAUAGCGUAAACCAUGAUAUCAUCGGCUUGUUAGAACUGAAAAUAUUUUUACAUUUUAGUGCCUGUAAAUAUAAGUCGUCAAUUUUAUAUGUUACCAACGUAAAAUUAAUAAAUAUUCAAGAAAU